AAACACGGCCCUAUAUAUUCGGCUUCGAAGGCACGCCCUUCAAUCUCCACCGAUAUAUGAACCAUCUUGAAAAUCCGACACUUGAAGAACUUUCCCUCCGCCAGUAUAUUUACUCUGCUCUAACUUGCGGAAAGAAAGAGAUACAGGGGAUCUGGUAUACAUGGGGUUUGAUUGUAAAUCACAUAUGAAACGCAUUGACGGUGAUGCCGGUUACGUGCUCGAAGAUGUUCCUCACUUGACUGAUUACAUUUCUGAUCUCCCUACAUAUUCAAAUCCUUUGCAAUUCAAUCCCGCUUAUUCAGCGGUUAAGCAGUAUUUUGUAAAUGACGAUGACACGGUUGCUCAAAAGAUUGUUGUUCACAAGGACAGUCCAAGAGGGACGCACUUUCGACGCGCAGGACCUCGGCAAAAGGUUUAUUUUCAUUCGGAUGAAGUGCAUGCUUGCAUAGUAACAUGCGGUGGUCUGUGCCCUGGGCUAAACACUGUGAUUAGGGAAAUUGUCUGUGGCCUCUAUCACAUGUAUGGUGUCACCAGAAUUCUCGGAAUAGAUGGAGGAUACAGAGGUUUUUAUUCCAAAAAUACUAUAAGCUUAACACCUAAAGUUGUGAAUGACAUCCAUAAACGAGGUGGUACUAUCCUUGGAACAUCACGGGGAGGCCAUGAUACCUCAAAGAUAGUCGACAGCAUUCAAGAUCGUGAAAUUAAUGAGGUUUACAUACUUGGAGGUGAUGGAACUCAAAGGGGAGCAGCAGUGAUUUAUGAGGAAAUUAGAAAGCGUGGCCUCAAAGUUGCAGUUGCUGGAAUUCCUAAAACAAUUGACAAUGACAUUCCAGUUAUUGAUAAAUCGUUUGGGUUUGAUACUGCUGUUGAGGAGGCUCAACGUGCAAUUAAUGCUGCACAUGUUGAAGCUGAAAGCACCGAGAACGGUAUUGGUCUAGUGAAGCUAAUGGGCAGAUACAGUGGAUUCAUUGCUAUGUACGCAACUCUAGCCAGCCGAGAUGUGGACUGUUGCUUGAUCCCAGAAUCACCCUUCUAUCUUGAAGGAAAAGGUGGACUCUUCGAGUUCAUUGAAAAGCGACUCAAAGAAUUUGGACACAUGGUCAUUGUUAUCGCUGAAGGCGCUGGACAGGAUCUCCUUUCAGAGGGCAUGGAUGGGCAAGAUGCUUCAGGAAACAAGCUUCUUAAAGAUGUUGGCUGGGACCAAACAGCCGGCUGGCCUGUCAUGAUUAUCCCCAUAACCAUUGCUUACUUCCACCAUAAAAACACAAAUCAACUCAGAUCAUACUCAGAACAUGAAGCAGCAAAUUCCUUUUUCAUGAAACCUUGUGUCUAUGUCCCAGCCGCCAUAUUGGGAAUCAUCUUAGGUCUCAAUGGCUAUAUUUACGCCUACAGCGUGGCGUGUCUUCCUGUCUCCACCGCAUCUCUGAUCCUUGCUACCCAACUGGCUUUCACUGCAUUGUUCGCUUUGCUGUUGGUCAAGCAGAAAUUCACUCCUUAUUCCAUAAACUCCGUGGUGGUGCUAACCAUUGGGGCCUCAGUUUUAGCCUUGCACACCAGCAGUGACAAACCCAAUAAUGAAUCUACAGGAUGCACCAUUGGGAUGCUGGUUAACAAUAACUUCAAGGUCAUUUCAAGAGAAGCAAGAGAAUAUGAAUUGGGAGAAGCUAAGUACUAUAUGGUGAUGAUAGGGAGUGCACUGACAUGGCAGUGCUACAUGACAGGGGCAAUAGGAGUUGUGUUUUGCCACUCAUCAUUGUUGUCUUGUAUUAUAUCAACAGUUCUAUUACCGGUCACAGAGAUCCUCGGUGUUAUUUUCUUCCAUGAAAAAGUUCCAAGUUGA